CUUUUUUAAAACUUUUUUUUUUUUCUUCUUGGGACAGCUCUGCCCCUUCCAUUUUAUUUACAAAAUGUCUUUACUGCGUUUAUUUACAAGCAAGGUUAUUUAUAAACCUUCUAUUAUUAAUUCAGUUAGACCUUUCUCUUCUGCACAAGCUUUAUGGCACGGCAAAGAAGGAAUUGCUAGAGGUGAAGGCCCAUAUACCGUACAUUUUAUAACACCAGAAGGAGAAAAGAUUGAUGUUAAAGCAACAGAAGGCGAUACAAUGCUUGAUCUUGCACAAAGAUAUGAUAUUGAGCUUGAAUGUGCUUGCGAAGGAUCACUGGCAUGCUCUACCUGUCAUGUUAUUUGCGAACCAGAAUAUUAUGACAAGAUGGAAGAACCUACGGAUGAGGAGAAUGAUAUGCUGGAUUUAGCAUUUGGAUUAACAGAGACAUCUCGUUUGGGUUGUCAAAUACAAAUGUGUAAAGAGUUAGAUGGCUUAACUGUGACUAUUCCUUCAGCAACUAGAAAUAUGAGAGUGGAUGGAUCUAAGCCAGUACAUCAUUAAAAAAUAUAGUAUUUAUUAAUUAUAAUCACUCUAAUAUAUAUAACACUUAACACUAGUAUGUGCUGGAAGUACAGACUUUUCAGAAAGUAAGUCGCAUUU